CGAAGGAUACACAAAAGCAAGAAGAGCAAGAGAGAGAGAGAGCGAGAGAUAAACGGAGAGAGGCGCACCACACCAUUGCUGAGAGGCCACAGUUCGCUCCGGCAGCUUCACAGAAUGGCAGCAGCAUCCACUUCCAUGGCGGCCACCGCCGCGCUGUUGCCGCCGCGGGCGGCCAGGACGCCCGUCGCCGCCGCAGCCCGGGUGGCCUCCUCCCUGCCGUACCUCCCGCCGCGCUUCUCUUCCCACCCCGCCAAGCGCUGCUCAGAGCCACGGAGAUUAUUGUUGGUUCCGAUUAGAGCCUCCUCGGAUGAUACCUCCGCUCCAGUUGAUGCCGGGGAACUAUUCACAGACCUGAAGGAGAAGUGGGAUGCCCUGGAAAAUAAGUCCACGGUUAUUCUCUAUGGAGGUGGGGCGAUUGUGGCCGUCUGGUUGUCAUCCGUUGUGGUUGGAGCUAUCAACUCUGUUCCUUUGCUUCCAAAGAUCAUGGAGUUGGUCGGGCUUGGAUACACUGGAUGGUUCGUCUAUAGAUACCUUCUAUUCAAGUCGAGCCGGAAGGAACUAGCCGAAGACAUUGAAGGCCUGAAGAAGAAAAUUGCUGGAACUGAAUAGGUCCCACGAGAUCUGUCGUGUGUUUCGUUCUUUGUACUUCUAUGGUAGAGGCACCUGCAUUAAUAUAUUUUGAUAGCUCCUCUGUGAAUUUCUGUGACUCUGUAUUUCCCCUAGCCUCCUCCCACCUCAUCACCUGUCUCUUCGAUUUCAUGAGAUUCAGAGCCAAUGCAAGGGUCACCUGUGCUUAAUGUGAUUUACUAUAUAGAAUGCUGCUACAUGUUAUGCAUCAAUAAUACCAGUGUCUAUGAACAAUGCUUCACUUCUGAUUCA